AUGCGGCUGAAUAAUAAUUCUAUUUCAAUUUCAACUUCAAUAUUUUUCCUAAUUUUUCUCGUAAAUCUGGCCGAAUCCACAAAAAUCAAUCUCGUUUUGAGACCCACUUGCAAACUGUCGAAAGACUGGAAUUUUCAGGCAACACUUUGGGAAUCUGAUACUUUGUGAGUUAUUUUUUGUAGGGAAAUCUCGAAUUGAAAUGAUUUUUUUCUUUUUGCUUUGGAACUUCAAAAAUUGAUACAAAAUAUUUCACUGUUUCAAACAUUUUAUUGAUAUUUUGAAAGUAUGCCCUCCUCUUCCAAUUACCGAAGGCUUCAAUUCCUCAUACAUUCUACAGACUUUUUCCAGUUUCGAUGAUAAAAUAAUCGCAUCUCCAACUUAUCAUCUCCGGGAUGGUGAUCGAUCUUUCAAUCAAAUACAAUCUUCAGAAAGCGAUGAUGGUUUAUUUGAUGUAGGUUGAACUUUUUUAGAUUAAAAUGGUCUGAAUUCGACCUUAGCUUCGGGCCUAAACUUAAUUUUUCUCUCAGAACUGGUUCGAAUUCUACACCGAAAUUGUGCACAAUUGCACAAACAAUGGAAAAAAUCUGAAAUUGCACCAAAAUUUGAAACCAGUCGCUGUCAAAACUUCGUAAGUCCAUUGUUUUUUGAAUAAAAUUCCUUAAAAAAUCAGAAAAUUUUCAGAGACUUCACAAUAAUUAUCGAUUAUGAUUUAUCGAAUCGUGGAAAAAAUUAA